AUGGCGAGCGUUGCUCCUGAGACGGGAUCUUCUUCGAUGGGAGUUCUCAAGAUCAGGCGGGACCUUUUGGAGGCUUGCAUGAUGUGCCAAAUCUGCCACAAGCUUGUCACGGACGCCACCGCUAUCUCUGAAUGUCUCCAUAUUUUUUGCAGAAAGUGUAUAUUUGAGAGGCUUACAGAAGGGGAGGUAGCUUGUUGCCCUAUAUGUAAUAUUGAUCUUGGUUGCAAUCCAUUCGAAAAGCUCAGGCCUGAUCACAAUAUAAAGGACAUAAGGGAAAAAAUAUUUCCAUCUAAAAAGGAAAAGGAAGAUGCUGGGACUCUUGAAGUCCCUUCUGUUGCACUCUUGGUAGCAGAAACUCCUCGACUCGCAAGCCAAGGUGAAUUCCAAUCUGAAAGCUCAAAUUCAUUUGCGACUCGAAGAAAGACAACUCAAACUAGGAGGCAGAAUAAUUGUGAUGCUGAAGACAAAGAGAAUGAAGAAUCAUAUCCGGACAGGCCUGAGCAAAGGACUCCUGUUGUUGAAGCAGAUCAGGUCAGUGGUCCUGACGCUGAAGUCCCCAUUUCUUCGGCGGUGGCCAGAGCUCGAAGGUUAGAAGGAGCUAGCCAAAGAAGAAGGGAGCCGGGAACCUCAGCUCUAGAACAGCUAAACCAGUAUUGGUUUUCUUUAGUUGCUGCAGCUGACCUGGAAGGAUGCUCCUCGCUGAACCAGUCACCUGCAAGAUACUUGAGGCUUACAGAUGGCAAUCUACCUGUUUCUUGUAUCCAAAAGUAUCUGGCGAGGAAACUUGAUAUUGCAAAUGAAUCUGAGGUGGAGAUCAUGUGCCAAGGUCAAACAGUGAGCUCAGUGAUGACCCUGCAAAAUGUAGCUGAUCUGUGGUUCCAAACUCUAUCAUCAGAUAUAAUCCAGGCACCGGUUGGAUCUUCAGGCAAGGACCUUGUCAUUGUGUUAGUUUAUCGCCACAAGGUUCCAGCCUCUUGACUGUCUCAUUCUUUCAAAUCUCCAAGAACUUCAGUGUCUUUAAGUGCCCCUUGAGCUUCGUAGUUGUCAGCCUAUGCCAUUUCUGAGCUGCUGUAUGGGCAAACCUUGGUUAAUUACAGUCCGUAUUUCUGCCCUUUUGUAACUGUUAAUAUAUGUUUACAAGUUAUCAUGUUCAGUCAUUAGACCAUAUAUUCGUUUGUCAUUCUAUAUCCUCACCAAUAUGAGCUAUUGUGGCAGGGAAUUUAUGGUUUUUUCAAUGAUAGCAAUUAAAGCAUCAUCUUUUUCAGCACUCUUCAAGAAUAUAUAGUAGGGCUACAUGUUGAAUAUUUCCAUCCCUUUCACUUCAUCCAUUAUUAUUACGGAUCGUGGCCGUGGUUGUGGACAUAGGUAUGAGUGCAAGAGGAAUGCAUUACAAGAGCUUGUGGGCUUUACUGCAUUAAUUCAUAUGGAACAUUCUACAGUUGAAUUGCCCCAGUAUUCUGAAUUAUGCCUGCCUGAACUAAACCACAACGCUAACCUGCAUCUGAGUAGAACUGCCUUUGUUUAUCAGCACUUCAUCACUAUCAAAAUUCUUGGUGAACCAUGGGAUUCCAUGCAACACCAGAUUUACGACAAUUGCCACCACCAGCCCCA